AUGGCUGGAUUCAUUGCAAUGAUGGCAGUGUUCGUCGUUGUGUCGAUCGAGAUGUUCUUCGCAACGCGCGGGGCAGGCCACACUCAUGGAAGUGAAUGGGACAGACCAGAACAAGGACUUGCGCUCCACCAUUUGAACACGCCCAUGACUCCAUAUACGGACAACAGCCCGAGACCCCCCAUGCCCGACGACGAUGAUGACGAAGAUGACGAUCUGGAGGCAUUAGAUGCCAUAGUGGACGAAUCGGCGACCUUGAAUCACCCACACCAGAGAAAGAUCUCCGAGCAUGAAAACCAUCUCGAGCCUCAGUCUGCGCCCGACGGACAGGACCCAAAGAAACUGUUUCUGCAAUGUCUACUGCUCGAAGCCGGCAUUCUCUUCCACAGUGUCUUUAUUGGAAUGGCUGUCUCAGUGGCUACCGGCACCCAAUUUGUGGUCCUCCUCAUUGCCAUCUGCUUCCACCAGACAUUCGAAGGUUUCGCCCUGGGUUCCCGCAUAGCGGCACUAAUUCCCGCACUUUUCGACGCAAGCAGUCCAAAACCCUGGUUAAUGGCUUUGGCAUAUGGUGCCACGACACCCAUCGGGCAGGCGAUUGGCAUUUGGAUGCACGGUCUUUAUGACCCAGCCUCAAAGGUUGGCUUGCUGAUGGUCGGAAUCACAAACGCGAUUAGUAGUGGUUUGUUGCUUUUCGCUGGAUUGGUUCAACUGAUUGCAGAGGAUUUCCUCAGUGAUAACAGCUACAAGACCUUGACGGGUAGGAGGAGGAUCGAAGCCUGUCUCGCAGUUGCUCUGGGUGGACUGCUCAUGGCUGUCGUAGGUGCUUUUGCCUAA